AUGAAUGAUUGUGAAAGUUCAAAAAAUGAUGAUUCCCCUGAAGAACAUGAAGUGGUUCGUAGUUUUAAAAAACAUUACUUUGAAGACAAAAAUCCAAUGCAUAUCGCUGCUAUUAAAUCGCUAGAAAGCUCCUUAAAAAGUAGUAAUACGAAAACAAAUUUUGAAUAUUUUAUGAAGCUAAAUGAAGCUAAAUCUCAAUUAAAUAACUACAUCAAAAAUCCAAAUGUAAAAAAACAAAUUAUAUUAACUCCACAUUCAAAAAGAAUGACAAUUUAUCCAAUAGUCACAUCAUGUGAUAUUUAUCAUCAUUUUGUAGUAAAGAAAUAUACACACAAUGAAAAUAAUUUCGAUGAUUUAAAGAGUAUCAGCUCAAAAUGUGCUAGCGAAUUUCCCACGACCCUUCAAAACAGUUUGGAUAUGAUUGUGAAAAAUAGCUGUAUGCUUUUUGGUAAUGGAAAAACCCAAAUUUUGACAUAUAGCAGUUCUGAGUGUGUGAAAGCUUUACUAUUAAAUGCAGUCAAAAAUAAAAAAAUAAAAAUAUGUGUUUAUUUUAGCUGCCCUGAAAAUGAUAACAAUAAUAAUUAUUUAGAAAAGGAUAAAAUUUUUGAUAAUAAAUUUAUAAAUGAUUUAAAAAAUGAAAAUAUUGAUGUUAUAAAAAUUAAUAUUCAAGAAAUACAAAAUAUAUUUCAAAUAAUUGAUUUUGUCAUAAUAGGAACUGAAUUAGUUAUAGACAAUGGUGGAAUUAUAACAAAAAAGGGAAUAAAAUUAAUUUCAGAAUUAUGUUUAUUAAAUAAAAAAGAAUUAUUUGUAUUAUGUGAAGCUUACAAAUUUUUAAAAAUUAAAACAAUUCAAAAUUAUGAUGAAGAUUUUUAUUAUUAUUGUACAAAAAAUAUAGCAAACCAAAACAAGUUUUUAUAUGAGUUUGUUCCUCACAAUUUUAUAACACUUUUUUAUACAGAUAUAGGAAUUUUUCCUCCCUCAACAAUAUCUUUUGAAUUAAAUAAAUUAUACAUAAAUGACGUUAACUAA